UAUGGCUCAUCCAAUCAGAAUUUAUAGUCUAAACCACCCGUUUUAUACCUCUGGUGAGGCCAAUCGCUCUGAAACUCAGUAUGUUAUACUACAAUGAUGGUUUACUGUUAUGAACCUUAAUGUAAAGGGUGCAGACUUCUAGGAGAAUGCUUGUUUUACCAUUUUCUUUGACAUAUUUGUAAGAGUAAAAUGUCCCAUUAAUCCAGGUUUUAAUAUUCUGCGGUGCAUGCUUGCAAAAGUCACUUCGAAUCUCUUUUGUGUCUUAAAGUGUUGGUCCUCUGGAAAGCAAUAAUUAGGUUGGACCACAUUUUGGUCCAUAACAAGAAAUAGCCUACAUAAUGCCUAGAAAGUGUGAUUUUAUAGCUUCUAAAUAUACACAUCUACUUUCUUAGAUAUUACCUAUUGGACUAAACAGACUGGACCACAACUUUCUGACACAAAACUAGAGGUUUUUCAUUUAUUUAAUUUUAAACAAAUCCUUGAAGCCAAAUAUCAAACAAUUCUAUAUCUUCUUCCUUCACCAGUAAAUGAUGAUGUCCAUAACUUCUGCCAAAAACAAUCAGAGCAUAAUAAUUGCCGUCAUUUUGUUUGCAUGUUUUACGGCAAUUUUGUACGUGUAUUAUGAGCCAACCACAAGCUGGUUUAAAUGCCCUGCUGCUCCCAUCCACAUGAAUAAUGUCACUGCAGAAAUCUGCCUCAGUGUUUUUAAGAUGCAAAACUACACCCAUAUAGAAAACAACACCUGCACUGUGAACUUCAUCUUGGAAAGACAACAGAUGACAACUACUAAAACAACAAAACAAGUGACAACAGCGAAGAGAGACGACCCAGACACCAUUAUUUUGAUCUGGAUGUGGCCUUUUGGAUAUAGUUUUGGCUUUGGACCCUGCAGUUCGGCUUUUAAUAUUCAAGGCUGCCGUUUAACAGAUGACAAAGAACUGUAUAACCAAGCACAUGCUGUAUGGUUUCAUCAUAGAGAUAUCAAGUGGGAUUUAUCUAAUAUGCCGAAACUACCUCGACCAGCAUUUCAGAAAUGGAUAUGGAUGAAUAUGGAGUCUCCAGCCAAUUCACCACAAAUUCCCCAGCUGAAGGAUCUGUUUAAUUUGACUUCAAGUUAUCGUCGGGAUUCUGAUGUCCAGGUACCUUACGGUUGGCUCUCAGAGGCCACAAUUGAGGAGAAAAAUGAUACAAUCCCACAAAAGGAUCAACUAGUCUGCUGGAUAGUAAGUAACUAUAAUUCACACCAUAAGCGUUCAUAUUACUAUACUGAGUUAUCGAAAUACAUUCACGUGGAGGCUUUUGGAGGACAUUUCAACAGGCGCAUUAAUGGUGAUGAAUAUUCAAACGUGGUGUCUAGUUGCAAAAAAACUUGGCUCCUACAAGUUGCAUAUUUUGAGAACAAACUUCAAAAUCGGUCAUUUCUCACCUAUAAUCUCAUCAAGUUUUCUAAUGUCUAUUAAUUUAUUUUUCUGACAUAACUAUUCUUGAGUGUCAUUAUUAAUAUAAUUUUAACUUUCAUUUCACUUCACUUGACCUUGGUCUCAUUUCUUAUGGCAUGUUUGUCUCCCUUCAAAAAAGCAAGGUUUAAUUAUGUUUAUUUGUUCUUUUUGACAUGUUGUACUUAAAUAAUGAGUUACCCUUUUUAACGAAAAGUAGCCAACUAAUCAAUGAAAUUUGGAAACUAGUUGAUAAAUAAUUAGAACCAAUGGUGUUUUUAGACAAAUUUUCGCUGUUAAGAAAUGGGGCUUUGUUGAUAUCGCAGUUUAUCAAAUGAGUCACCAUUGUCCUGAUCUGUACGGUAAUUUAACUUGGCUGUCCAUUCUGUGUGAGAAAAGUCUGUAGGUGUGAUAUCCCAAGGACAUCCGAGUUGUUUAAAAGUGAACGAGACACCGCCUUUAGUAGCAUUCAUAGCGGACAUGUGAGAAGAUAAUGUGAUGAGUGAGUCGUGUUGAGAAAAUAAUUAUCUGCUUGCUAAAAAAAAAAAAAAAAAAAAAAAAAAAUGAUGAAAAGGACAUGGAGGUCUUAAAAACAAACAACAACAAAGCUUUAAAUCAAAUUACAAGUGCCUGAAACAUGUACAUUUUUUACAGGCCAAACAAAUCAAAAGAAAACAUGCAAAAAACAGGAGCACUGUGUCAUCAUAAAUGACAGUUUAAUAGCCUUUUAUUGAUUUGUUGGGUGUUUUUAGUUUAGAAGAUAGCAGGUCAUAUAGUCUAAAAUGUGAUUAUGAGAAAAAAUAGUUGCUAGAUCUGCCAAAGUUUCAAGGUUCAUUGCCAGGGCCAUAGCUAGGAACAACCCAUAUCCUAUUCCCCACGAAGAGUGCUAUGUAACCUAUCUACGUGUAUAUGAAUAUAAACAUUAUGUUUUUAAAAAUCGAUUAAAAUAAUCGUAAAAGAUAUAGAUACAAAAAUUUAUAUAAACAGAAAUAUAAAAAAGCAAGUUUUUCUUGAACAGCGAAAAUUGCUCUAAAAAAACCCAACAACCAUGGCAUUCUUAUUACCUUAAAAAAAGGCUUUAUUAUAAUAUGGCUGUCACAAAAUGUUUAAUUCUACCAAAUUUGUCUACAGCCAUGGACUAAUAAGAGGCUUUUUAAUGUAAGAAGAGUACCAUGGUUAUUUUGCUUUUUGGACUAAUUUGUACCUGAACUAACCUCUCUCAUUUUUAAUCAUAGAAUCAAAAUAUCGUAGGCCUACCACUCAAGAUCAAUAGGCCACUCGACAAACAUACUGUAAAAUAUUUCACUGUUAUUUGUAUAUUUAUGUAUGUACUCCAUAUUUUGAUUUAUUUUAUUUUAUAAACAUUGUGUUUGUGUGUGUGUGUGUGUGUGUGUGUGUCUUUUGGAAAUGUUUGUAUGUUUUCUAGCAAAGGCACAAUAGGAUUCACUAGUCAAAAUGCUUCUAUUUCAAACUCUUUUAUAAUUUAAUGCAAAUAUUUUCAUUAUAAAAAAUGAUACCAGGUAAGAUGACCCCUUGGGCAAGAAGGUAAAUU